CAGUGGAUGGAGAGCAGCUGAGCCUCUUUGCCGCGUCUGUCGCCCAGAGCUCGGCAGGCUGCGCAGGCGGAGCAAGGGGGCCCGUCGGGGGAGCCAGGGCCGCCGCUGACGCCGUCGAGGGGCGCAGGAUCAUGCCGAAGGAGCCGGGCAGAGGCGCGCACCUCCAGCUGCCGCCGCCCAAGUGUCGUCGGGAGAGGCGGAGUUAGAAGAGGCGGAAAGGCACGCGGACAGGCACGCGGACCUCCGCUCCCACCACCUGCCGGCUCUCGGGGGCUCAGGAGGCGCCCGGUCCGCGCUCGAGGGCUGCAGCGGGAGCCCCUCUCCGGAAGGAGGUCAGGCAGGGCGCAGCCGGCGACGAGGCUGGGCCAUGGCUCUCCGGUGAAGGCAGGCAGGCGCCGGGCUUCUGUGGUGGUUGCCGCCGCCGUCGUGGUCGCCGUCGGCGGAGAUGGCCCUGGAGCGGGCCCUGCAGGCCGCCCGCCAGGGGGACGUGGACUCGCUCAAGGCGCUGCAGGCUGCCGGGCAGCUGCGGCCGGCGGCGCUCCGGGACCCGCUGGGUGCCUCGCCGGCGCACCACGCCGCCCGCGCCGGGAAGCUGAACUGCCUGCGCUACUUGGUGGAGGACGCGGCGCAGGCCGGCAACGGGCGGGCGCGCAACGGGGCCACGCCGGGCCACGACGCCGCCGCCACCGGCAACCUGGCCUGCCUCCAGUGGCUGCUGGUCCAGGGAGGCUGCCGAGUCCAGGACACGGAUAACUCUGGUGCCACCGUCCUGCAUCUGGCUGCCCGCUUUGGCCACCACGAAGUGAUCGACUGGCUGUUGCGCUUCGGGGGCAGCGACCCGCUGGCAGCCACGGACACGGGCGCGUUGCCUGUUCACUAUGCCGCAGCCAAAGGUGAUUUCCCUUCUUUGCGACUUCUCGUCGGGCAUUGCCCCAGCUCGGUCAGUGCCCAAACCAAGAAUGGUGCCACACCCCUCUACCUAGCCUGCCAGGAGGGCCACCUGGAAAUCAUCCAGUACUUGGUCAAGGACUGCGGAGCGGAUCCCCACGUACGCGCCAAUGAUGGGAUGACCCCUCUCCACGCAGCCGCCCAGAUGGGCCACAACUCCGUCAUCGUCUGGCUGACCAGCUUCACUGACAUCAGCCUCUCGGAGCAGGACGACGACGGGGCCACUGCCAUGCACUUUGCUGCCAGCCGAGGCCACGCCAAGGUGCUCAGCUGGCUGCUCUUGCACGGGGGGGAGAUCACCACGGACAACUGGGGCGGAACCCCCUUGCACGACGCGGCGGAAAACGGCGAGCUGGAGUGCUGUCAAAUCCUCGUGGUGAACGGAGUGGACUUGGGCAUCCGCGACCAGGACGGCUACACGUCUGCCGACCUGGCGGACUACAAUGGACAUCUGCACUGCGCCAAGUACCUGCACACGGUGGAGAACAUGAGCGUAGAGCACCGGGUCCUUUCCCGCGACCCCUCCACCGACCUGGAGUUCAAGCAGCCCGACUCAGGGAUGUCGUCACCCAACACGACCAUGUCCGCCCCCCAGGCCCACUUUGACCUCGGCUCCCCCAGCAGCACCCUCUCCAACUACGACUCCUGUAACUCCAGCCAGUCCAGCACCGGGGAGAAGAGGAACAGCCAAGGCUGCCGAGUUUCCGAGACCACGAUUACAGACAUGCAGACCUACAUGGACAUGCUGAACCCAGACUUAGCGCCCGGGCACAGCAAAAAAGGCGGCCAAGCAUCCCCCCCUCCUCCCCCUGACUUCCCAGCGCCUCCCCCACCCCCCAACACCAAGGUCCCCCCUCCUCCCCCUGGCUACCCGGCACCAAACCCGCCCGAAGUGCAGCACACGGCCGAGAUCUACGUCCAGGCAAAGAACAACCUUCGGCACGUGGAGAGUGAGGUGCUGAAGCGAGAGCUGACCUCACUCGAGAACAGCCCAGAACUGCGGCGUGUCGACUCCAGCAGAAAAUCGAGAAACUUCAACAAGCAGCCCAGCACCGGAGAUUAUUAUAAACACCUGGGCAGCGGGAGCGCCGGAGGGCAAACCGGAAACCACUGCAAGAUGGCGCACAGCGAGGAGGCUUCCCUUCUGUCCAACGACAGCGUGCAAAAUGGAGGCACGGCUGAGAAGAAGCCUUCGGCAGAGGUGCCCCCGCCUCCUCCAGCCCCACCGCUCCCCGAGGGAGUCUGCCCCCCACCGCCACCCCCUCCGCUGCCGGCAGAAAGCCACGCACCAUCUACCAGCCAGCGACGGCCCUCUUCCUCCACUGGAAGCACCAAGUCCUUCAACAUGAUGUCCCCGACCGGUGACAACGCUGAGCUGCUGGCCGAGAUCAAGGCAGGGAAGAGCCUGAAGCCGACUCCGCAGAGCAAGGGUUUCACCACGGUUUUCUCCGGCUCUGGCCAGGCGAGCACCAACGUGGAGACCUCCAGCUCCUCCCCGUCUCCCACCAGGACACCGACUCCUCCGUCCACCCCCGAAGCGCCUUCCGCACCCAGGUCUGCCGCCUCACCCGAACCCGUGGUCAACGGCUCCUCACUGCUGCUGGCCUCGUCGGCCCCGGCCAGCCAGGUGGACAUUGAGGCCCUGAUCCCCACCCACGACGAGCAGGGGAGGCCCAUCCCCGAGUGGAAGAGGCAGGUGAUGGUCCGGAAACUGCAGAUGAAGAUCCAGGAAGAGGAGGAGCAGAGGCGCAAAGAGAAAGAGGAGGAAGCUCGCCUGGCGACCAUGCCGGCCUGGCGGAGGGAUAUUUUUCGCAAGAAGAUGGAAGAAGAAAGAGAGCAAAAACGAAAAGAGGAGGAGAAACUCCGGCGGGAAGAGGAGGAGAAGGAGAAGGAACAGUCGGAAAAGCUAAGGACUCUGGGGUACGAUGAAUCAAAACUGGCCCCCUGGCAGAGGCAGAUCAUCCUCAAAAAAGGAGACAUCUCCAAGCACUAGGAGGACCUGGACGCUCCCUCCCUUUUAGGUCUCAGACCCUGUGAGUUGCUCAAGAGGAGGAGGGAUGCUUGGCCCCCUCCCCGUUUCCGGGCUGGCCUUUCCGCCCAGCAAAGCUGCACAUCACUUAUCCCUUGACCUCCACCACCACCACCACCCCUCCUCCAUUCCUCACGCACCUCUGUCCUGUCCGUUAAUUCUGUGCACAAGGUGAGACCAGCUCCACUCCCUGAAGGUGAAGGCUACCAUAGCAUGCUGUGGCCAAAGUAAACUGAACGCGCUUCCACUGCCCUCGGGCACAAGUACACUUUUCUGCCCUGCAGUGGUGGUGGUGGGUGGGUGGGGGGCUUUAAAAACAGCUCUACACGUUUCUUGAGAAAAUUUGGCUGUGUGGGGCAUCAGUUGGCUAGCGCCUGUAACGUCACUAAAGGCUUGCUGGAAAUAGAAGGGGUGGAGGCGUAAGGGCAGGGUGUGUUUUAUGUGGACUUGUGUACACUGAGUUGUGAAAUACACCAUGGGAGAAGAAGCUAUGGUUAAGAGUGUUAUGCCUGUCUUCACCCUAAGGCUGAGUCGGAAUAGAAAGCUAGCCAUGAAGCAACCUCACCAACUUGGAAACCUCAUGGCUGGGACAGGAUCAACUGCUUCAUUGUCCGUCUCUGUGCAAUAAAACAAUGUAUCCAUGUUUGACCCUUGCUGCUGUCUUAGCUACCCUGUCCAUUCCGACCCUUUCCCCACAGGCCUUAAGCCAGGGCCCCGUGGAUGUGAUAUGAGGCACAAAAUUCAGCUUCCUGAGAAACUCUAUUGCUUUUGUUCCUUUUCUUAAAAAGGAAGUUUCUAGUCCCUAUGGCCAAGAAGACAGCACUUCAAAGCCUCGCUGGAAGCUCAGAACAGUGGGGACUGAAUGCCACAGUCAGCUUCAGUAACCUGGGUACCCACUUGUUGGAAUUUACUUAUUCCUGAUUGUGGUGCAAUCUGAUCCCCCCCCCCCAAAAAAGUGCUGCACCAUAAAUUGUGCAAGAGGAAAGAGAGAGUCUGCCACCGCUCAAUUUCCAUAAUGUAUGGAUUCCUGCAGAAUCCAGCUUUCCUUGGUGCUGAAAUUCAGAUUGCCUGGCUGAUGAUGUGAGUGUUUUUCUUUAUUUUAAGGAUGGCACACACAUUCCAGGUUUAAGGUACAUUCAGUGUCAUUCUGUGUUUAACUUGGGAGAGGUCCCAUUCCCUUCCGUGGGGUUCAUACACGCCCAGGAUUGCAGCCCUAUGCAAGUGGCUAGGAACUUCUUUUGCAAGGUGGCCCAAGCACUUUUCAUUCCACAUUAAAAGUUCCCUCCCUGCCCUUGCAGAGAAACAGCCUUUCUUCUCCACAGGCUUCCCACUUUCCCUGUCUGGGUCGUUUGCUCCCCACCUGCCCACCACUGAGUAGUUUUAAAGCAGCAGCACACCCUGACUCUUCCGGGAUUCUCCAAGGCCGUGUACAUAUCUCCAGCAGACUAUCCUCUCUUCCAGCCUCUUUCCUACUAGAUAGAGCCUUGUAGAAUAACAGUAACGGUGCCCUUGCCCUGCAGAUGUUCCUCUUUAUUUUGCAAAACAAAAAAAUGAGCAUUUUUUCCAGAGAAAAACGCUUCAGUUUUACGAAGAAGACACGAGGAUUUGGAUGGGUUGAGGCAAAAGGUUCCUUUAGCGGCCAUAUUGACUGAUGUGUCUUUCUCCCUAGAGCAGAGCAGUUCACUGUGGGCUUUCCUGGAUAUUUUUUUUCUAUAUGAUUUUGUCAUGUUCUUCCUAGAAGAAGGUCUCCAGAUUUGUUUCUGACCUAGAACACUUCUCUUAUCGGCGAUUAAAAAAUCUAAAGCCCC